AUGCUAAAAACUGAUGAUGGCGUUGAACUUUACAAGGACGACGAAAAGGCUGAGCAUCUGUCCAGGUUCUUUCAGUCGGUUUUUACGAGAGAAGUCGCUGUACCCAUUGAUCACUGUAAUGUGGACAAUGUCCCGACAAUUGACUCAGUGGUUCUCACAAAACCUAUUGUUCAACAGGAAUUACUGAAGCUAAAAGAAGGGACUUCGCCCGGUCCUGACGAAAUACCGGCAAAGUUGUUAAAGGAAUUAGCCACAGAAUUGGCAGAACCUCUGAGUGUCCUCUUCCAAGCCUCUCUUGAUGCAGGCAGACUGCCUCCUGAGUGGAAGACUGCGUGGAUUUCACCGAUUCAUAAAAAUGGCAGUCGCGCUUCCGCAAACAACUACCGACCAGUAAGCCUCACCUCCAUAUGCUGCAAAGUUAUGGAGCGAAUUAUCAAACGCGAACUGAUGCGGUUUUUAGAGCAAAAUCAUCUUCUGUGCGAUGCACAGCACGGUUUCCGCAGAGGGAGGUCCUGCUUGACCAAUCUACUCUACUGUCUUGAACAGUGGACCCGAGCGAUUGAUGAAGGAAACGUUGUGCAUGUGGCCUACAUAGACUUCAAGAAGGCCUUUGACAGCGUGCCACACCAACGUCUCCUACACAAGCUCAGCCUCAUAGGGGUAAGAGGCAAGAUUUUGAAGUGGAUUGAAAACUUUUUGGUCGGUCGGUCCCAGACUGUUCGUCUUGGUGGCCAGCACUCGGCAGAGGUGACGGUUACGAGCGGAGUACCUCAGGGCUCCGUUCUUGGCCCUAUCCUCUUCCUCAUCUAUAUUGAUGACUGUAUCCAUGGAUUGGACUGCAAGAUUGCCAUGUUUGCUGACGAUAUAAAGCGUUGGACCGUCAUUCGCAACGAGGACGAUGAAGCAAAUUUACAGGCAAACUUACACCGACUCGAAAAAUGGUCAGGCCACUGGCUCCUCCCAUUUAAUGUUACCAAAUGCAACAUUCUGAGGAUUGGCAGAACCAGCUCUGCGCACUGGUAG